CGGCAGUGAAUCAGAGAAAGGACAAUGGCAGGGGCUUGGAGGGCAUUGGUGCUGGUGGCAGGCUUGGCAGCAGUGGUGUCUGUGGCCCAGCGCAGUCUGAGCUAUGAAGAGAUUAUCAACAAGGCCCUGUGGUUCUUCAAUCAGGGGCGACCAGGACAGCGCCUCUUCCGCCUCCUCGUAGCCAUCCCACCACCUAACCUGAACUUCACCACCAAUAUCCCACUCAACUUCAGGAUUAAAGAGACUGUGUGCUUUUCUACCAGGUUCCACCUCCACCGUCAGCCUAGAAAAUGUGCCUUCAGGGAGGGCGGGGAGGAACGGAACUGCAAUGGUACCUUCUUCAUGCUGCCACAAUUUCGCCUCCUGUCGUUCCAAUGCACUGAGGACCCAGACCGUGAGAGAGAACUCAAUAGGCAGAUCCCCCGUGUGAGGCGUUCUGCUGCGUCCUCUGAUGUGGCUCCUCCAGAAACUGACAUCUCCAAACUGCCACCAGCGGCCAGGGACCUGUACGAGAGAACCAAGUACGACAUCAUCAACAACAUCCUGAGGAACUUCUAGGGCUGGAGAAGGGAGAGGAGGCCCUGCAACCCCAUCAGGGCCUUCUCUUCCCACUCACCCACUCCCUCUGCUACUCUUAGCAGUCUCUUUAGGCAUAAUCUGAGCCCACCCAUACUCCUCUGCCUUUGAACCCCUGCUUCCUUCUGCCUGAAAUUCUUGCCCACCUUGUGUCUGUAAAUCCUACUCAUCCUUGAAGGAACAGCUCCAAAGUCACUUCGAUAGGAAGCCUCUCUACCCUUCCUCCUGUGGCAGAAGUGUCCUUGGCCUCAUCUGUGCAUUCAUGAUCCUCAAACCACCCUGGUAUUAUCUGCUGUACCCCUAGCUAGAUAGUACUGUUUACUUGCAGCUGAGCUCCCCCAAGUGCAGGUGGCUGGGGAAUGAGUUUCUCAGUGAGGUGCUCCUGCAUCCCGGGAGGGCAGUUCAUCCUCUGCAGGACACCAAGCUCUCCUGUUACCUGCUCAGUCACUGUGACAACUAAAUGUCCCUUCAUAUAUGCAGGCACCUCAAAGCAGGGGUCAGUACACCCUCUGGUAAGAGCCACAGGAGAGAAAGUCAAUUAAAUGCUUCUGAAAGUGAGUAAGUGAAUAAAGUCUUAGAGCUGGACCAGCUGGACUUGGGGUGAGGAGACUGAUGACGUAGGCCCUGGGAGCAAUUACACUAUGCAUCAUGGGAACCCAGACUCUCUGAGGUCAGGGCAGGGGCAAUGAAGAGAAACAGGGUAAGGGUGCGGGGGGGGGGGGGGCAACUGAGGGCUGUUCUGGAGGCUCAAGAAGGCAGAGCAGUCUGCCCUCAGCCUCUUCAAUGGCCUUUUGUUUCUUUAUGCUACCUUUAUGCCUUCUCCUUUUCCACAAAGCUCCAACCAGAAUCUCACCCCGAACCCCAGACUUGCAUAUCAGAUUGCCUCCUGGAUGCCUCUCCAAGGAUGUCCAAGGGGUGCCACACACUCAGUAUCUUCCCACCAAACUGUCUUUCCUAGAGUCCACCUUGCCCAACUGAUGGCAGCCUCAUGCAUCAAAUACCUGAGCAUUUGGCUUCCUACUCUCUCUCACAACUGCAUCUGGUCCAUCAGCAAAUGCUAGUCUUAGUCACUGAUGCAUCCAGUUCAAAGAAUAGGGCCUGGCACACUGCAGUUGCUCAAUAAAUACUUGUUGAGUGGA